AGUUUCCAUGUGAUUUUUGAAAUACCGAUUUUGGAAAAGUGUUAAACAUUCAUAAAUGUAAAACCUUAUUCCCAACUCGAUUUAAAGCAUUUGGGUGUUGAAAUGUCGCUUUCUUUCUUUACUUCUGUUAAUAAAGUGGAAAUGCCAAAUUCUUAGUGAGGCAAAACAUCAAACACCUGGUGUUCGACACAGCUUAGUGGAAUGAUUUUGCCGGUUUUCAAGCUCGGGACGCUUGCGCUGAAAACACUCUGCAAACCCAUCGGAAAUCGCAUAAAGAAAGAGGCCGGAUUGCACCCCAGAUUCCGGCAAUCCAUCAUCAACAUUGCUCAGGCUAACCAUCGCUUCACCACAACUUUGCAAAGGCGUAUAUAUGGGCGUGCAACAGAUGUCGAAAUUCGUCCUCUAAAUGAAGAAAAAGCUGUUCAAGCUGCUGCAGACCUUGUGGGCGAGUUUUUCGUGUUCACGGUUGCAGGCGUUGCUCUAAUUUUUGAGGUGCAACGAAGUUCCAGGUCAGAAGCUAGAAAAGAGGAAAUGCGCAAGCAGGAAUUAGAGGUUUUGAGGCAACAAGAUGAAGAGCUAGUCAAAGAGCUCGAGCAGCUGAAGCGUAGAAUGUUAGAAGUCGAGCAGCUUGUAAAAGAACGAGGCAUGAGUAGCGUUUUCAACUUGAGGCACGCGAAAGAAACUGAUGACAAGCCAAAAGAUGCUCGAUCGCCUUGAGAUAUGGUUUAAGCGAAGUAAGUCUGAAUGCAAUGUUUCUGCUAUGCCCUUUUAUGUAUAAAGUUUUAUCUUUCCCGAUUUUGCAGUCUCGAGAUAAGCUGACCAGUUCGAGGCAUCGUAUAAAGAAUUUUGUGUAGGGCUCUAGUAACUAUAACAACAAGCAAAACUUUUCUGAGUUUUAGUAUUUAGUUUCAAAUAAAUGGAUAAUUUUUCCUUGUGAGUCCUUUGAUUACGAGAGUUAAGAAAAUAAAAUCUUCGAACACUUCAACA